GUGAAGGCAGAAGUGGGCGUGGUUACGUGGGCUCCUAAACAAAACCGUCUGUCAUUGAAGUGUAUUUUUUCUGUGCGUUUUUCAGGUUAAAUGGUUGUUCUCGGUGUGGAUCAGUCUGUUCUACCUGAACUCUCCAAAAUGUCCGCUGCCAGUCAAGCUGAGAGAGCUGUCCUGGAGGAAGAGUUUAACUGGCUCCUUAAGGAAGAGGUUCAUGCCGUGUUGAAACAGCUGCAGGACAUUUUGAAGGAAGCUUCAAGACGUUUUUCAGUGCCCACACCAGGGAUGGAGGGUCAGCUCAAACAAGAGAACUUCAUCCUUGGGAGCUCCACCAUGGACCAGGUGAAAGGAGUUCUCACUCUGCAGGGAGAUGCUCUGACUCAGGCUGAUAUCAAUAUUAAGGUGGCUAAAAGCACUCAAGUCAUGCAUUUCACAUUCCGGGAGGAUAAACAAUGGAAAUUACAACAGAUCCAGGAUGCGAGGAACCACGUGAACCAGGCGCUUCAGCUGCUCAGCAGCCGCGAUGAGAGCUAUCACUUCAAAACCGGUGCGGAGGUCAAUAAGCUGAUGGACGCAGUGAUGAUGCAGUUAACCCGAGCACGUAAUCGUCUUACCACGCCAGCUUCCAUGACUCUGCCUGAACUCGCCUCCACUGGAUUAAUGAGGAUGUUCACUCCUCCUAUGCCUGGCGACGUGAUGGUGAAUUUAUACAUAAAUCUCAGCAAACUCUGUCUGACCGUCUAUCAGCUGCACGUGCUUCAGCCCAACACUACCAAGAACUUCAAACCAGCAGGAAGUUCAGUUCUGCAUAAUCCCGGAGCCAUGUUUGAAGUGAACAACACUAAGUUUGAGGUGAGCCACGUGCACAAAGUGGAGUGUGUGGUGCCGUGGUUGAACGACACGCUGGUGUUUUUCACCAUCUCACUGCAGCUCUGCCAGCAACUCAAAGAUAAGAUUUCUGUGUUCUCCAGUUUCUGGAACUACAGGCCAUUUUAAGCUGACCAAAGUUUGAAAUUUGUACUUUAAGUGCAGAAUUGAGUACAUAAACAUAGAAAUUAACUACACAACAGAAAACACACCAUAUAAUGAAUCCAUGUAGUAUUUCAUUUAGGACCAACUGUUAAUUUAUUUGUGCACAUCAUAAGUGAAGAGAAGAAAUACACGUCCAGUCCAUGUCAUGUCAUGUAAGUGAAAGAUAAAGGUAAGAAAAUUAACUUAAAUUUUUUUGUUGUUAAGUAAACGUCAGAUUUUUCCGUUAUAUAAGAAAAACUGUGAAAUAUUGUAAAUAUCUAAGAGCUAUGAUCAAAAUCUGGUUUUUUUUCCGAUGACACUAUUUAGCGGCGCUAUUUAUGGUCCAGGAUGCAUUUCAUUUCAUUGCAGACACUAUUUUUGUGUGUUCAUUUAAUAAUUUAAUCAAAACUGUAUAUAAUUUCCCCACUGAUGCGAAUGUCAAAUCCGCCGAGAUGCAUUUGGUGUCUUUAGUUUGCUUCUUUACUUCUGCAACGGUGUUGUUUGAGGAAAGUGAAGGAUAUUUGUUGGUUAUUUGAUAUAUUGGUUAGGUUACUGUGCUGAAUUGGAGGCUGUAUUUAUUGCCCAGAUGUAGUAUUGAUGCUCCAAAGCAAAACUAAAGAAUCGUACAUUGACGAUUGGCGAUAUUUUGAGUAAAAGGAGACAUUGAAUACCUUUUAACUUUGUGCUGAUUAUAAUAUAUUUGCAUUAUUAUAGAUUAUAUGGCCAAAGGUAUGUGAACAACUGACCCUCACACUCGUAUGUGGUUCUGCCCCAAACUGUUGGAAGCACACAAUUAUAUAAAAUGGCUUUGUAUGUUGUAACAUUAUAGUUUCAUUUCAGUGGAACUUAGAGGCCCAUGAAGUUCCAUGAACACAUGGUUUACCCAGUUUGUAGUUGAUUUGUCCUCUUACAAGGUCUUGAACCCCACUGAACACCAGUGAGGUGAACUGGAAUAUCAGCUGUCCCAGAGGAGUAGAGGUUGUUAUUAUAAUGCAAACAGACUAAAUCCGGAAUGGGAAGUUCAACAAGCGCGUAUCUGGUGAUUUUGGUCAGAAGUCUUCCUCCUUUUUGGCCAUAUUCUCUUCACUGCACACUACAUAACCAGUAAUGAAAUAAUUAUUGAUUGCACUUAUACAUUCCAUGUAUUCCAUGUUGUUUAUCUUCCUCAUCUGAUAAAAAGCUAGACAUUCUGUGUUAAAUUAUUCUUACAUUUUAUUUAUACAAAUAAACGACCUUGGUGUGUUCUGUGUUUUGACUGUUCCGACACAGAACAGUGAUUUAGUGUAAUAAGAUGUUUUUGCUUUAUCUGUUGUUUCAUGUUGACUCUAAUAAAUGUGCAAUAAACGUGUUGAAAUCUGC